AUGCUUCCGUUGUUAACUCAAAGCGCAGCAAAAGCUAAUCCAAAAAAGAAAGCAAAAGAUUCUACAUACAUCGUACAAUUUGAUUUUAACAUUUUUGGAAUUUUAAUAAUAACUUUUUGCAUCAAUGGUUACCUUCAUGCUGGACCAGUUCCAUCUCAGCUUCAAGGUGGUUCCCCAUACUUACCACCAUUACCUGAAUCAUCGUCUGAUUAUGCAAAAGAAGUCUUGAAAAAUACAAACACAAUUUCGUAUAAAACAAAUCAUAAUUCCCAAAAUGGCUCAGAGACUACUCCCCAAUUAAAGUCAGAAUCUAGUUAUAGUCGAACAUACCAUAACUCAUAUGCUGCACAACCUUCAGGAAUUGGAGAAAACCUUUUACUUCCACCGACAUCAGAACCUUUACCAUCAUUAAUUCCAAGCACAGUCCUGAAUCAAUUAAAAUCAACUUCAUCAACAACAUUUCCUACCUUAAUAAACAACUCAAUAGUUAGUUCAACAUUCAGCAAUAAUGAUGAAAACAGCUUGUUGCCGCCAUCAAUUGUAAUGGUGGACAGUUCAAUGGAAGUAUUGACACCAUCGCAAAACCAAACAAUCCUUGCUGCCAAAUUGUUGGCCGAGUCACUUUUACAAAAAACCGAAGAUAGUUCUUCAACGAAAUUUGAUAAUUUAGAACCGAAUGAAGAAAAGAAAUUUAUUCCAAAAGAUAUGUAUAUUGUCAAAGCUCAAAAAAAUGCAUACAUUGUUCCAAACAAUUUGAAUACAAUGGACAUGGACAUUCAAGAACUAUACAGCAUGCGUAAUAAUCUAGACAAAGCUUACAUCAAUCAGUUUAUUUUUAUUGUUAAACCGGAAAAUAUUAAUUUUUUGAACAAAUUAGUUUAA